CAACCAGGCACUCAUUUACAGCUGAGUAGACUCGAACAAGCGGGGUAAAGUAUUAAUACGAACUGGUUUCGAAUGAGAUACAUUUUAAACUGAAAGUUAAUGGAUUGAAACUUUGAUUAUAAACCAAGUCGUUUACCCUGUAUUGACAAGCACGUAAUUAUAAGUAUGGCUAUGGAUGUUGCGUCAAUCAUCCAUCAAUAGAGCGAGACCAGGAUUUAUUUAAAAGUCACUUUGGGUCCUGGAUGCAUUGAGUUGGAUCAGGAGACUGAAUAUGGCGGUACGUAGACAGAAUAUACAUGGUGUGGUCUUGGGUAGUAUACUGACGAUGCAUCUUUUAUCAUUCCGUCAUGUGGGUGCACUGACUUUCAACACAGAUUGCCAGCCAACUAACUGUUCACAAGGUAAACGUAACCCAUUGGAUUCCUACUUUGACUGCUCAAUAGGGAUGUUCCAAGAAUGGGAGGAGUUUAAGAAAAACAACCAUGUUUUUGAAAGUUACGAGCAGAGCAAUAGCCACAUGAAGGAUUUGAACUCGCCUUCCAUAAGUGCCGUCGGAUUUUACCUGAUAGCUGACAAAUACAAUGUCAAGAACAAUCCAAAUUUAAAUCUUACAUUUCGAUUACCAAGGAACAGUUCAUACGAUACGAAAGCACUACUGGUAAAGUUUGUGGGCUUGAACGACCCGAGGUACCCCGAACUCAUAGAUCCAUACUACAAGGACAAUCCACGAUACCGACUGUUCGACUUUCCAUUGUAUAAAACCCCAGAACAAGAUCAAAUGUAUCCGAGAGAGAUUGUGUACGGUUGUUUAAUGGGGCUGGACUGUCAGAGUGAAAAGCGGGCUUACAUAAUCACAUUAACGGCCUAUACGUUGAAUCGAAGCCACCCUGGAACAAGUAUUACCUACCAUUUUACCGUCUACACAACGAGAGAUUUUAGCAAUUCCGGUAAAGUGACGAUUGCUAUGGCUUAUAUAUACCAGUUGCGGACUAUGCAUGUCGUGUUCGAGCCAAUAUCAGCUGUUUAUGUGUCCCCUGGCACCUACUACUUUGUUAGGCUCAUGGAAAUAAACGCAGGCAAACUGCAAACCGUUAAGAUUGGACAUACGACGAGUAGGUACGAACAUGAGUUCCCCAACAUCACCAAAGGGAGUUAUAUUGUGGAGGUCAAUGUCCAAAACUGCCUCGGAAUAAACCCGUGUCCUGUAUCACAAUCAGGGAUUGUGGAAGUGGAAUAUCAAAUAAAGGCGGCCUUGCCAACGACAGAAACGUCGCAAAAAGCUGGGGUAUACAUAUACGCUAUAAUAGGUGUCGUCGGUGGAGUUGUGCUGCUUCUUGUCCUAUUGGCAUGCUUCAUUGGUUCUAUCGACCACAAGCCUAAGGUGUACAUUUUGAACUCGUGCGAAGAGAAGAUUCAUACAGAUGUAUCAUUGGCAUUGCAGCAGUGCAUACAUCCGUUUUUUGAUACUGCGGUCGUAUCUACUGUUAACCGCGACAGUGUAAAAGAUUUAUCCACCAAAGCUGGAUUCCAAAACCACGACAACGUCAUCAUUGCUAUCAAAUGUCAUCACGUUUCUUCUGCUUUCGUCAAUAAUUUGUGUUCAAAACGGACGCUUAAACGUUUCAAAAAUAUCACAUUUAUUUGGUUCUCGCAAACAGACUUGUCCACGGUACCUGAUAUAUACAAAGUGUUUAUGUGGAACCAGAACAAUGGAUGUACAGAUAUGUUAAAAUACAUCCAUGACAAACAAAAAAGGCAUUGCCUGAACAUUCUAAAACAGUUCCGGCCUCAGCUCAAAAACGUUAACGGAAAUUCUGCAGAGAUUCAACAUCUUCGACGUACCAUGGCUAUAGCUUUAACACUACCUGUCCCAACGCCUGCAAACGACCCGUGGGCUAUGCGUCCAUACAGUCAGGACGACCUUCGACGACCUCUGAUACAAAAUAACUGUUGCCCUGUCCAUCAUGAAAUGUGCUAUGAAAUGGACAAUCACACGCAGUCCUUUAAUGUACCGUCAUCACCUGGCUACAAUGACAAUCAAACAUCUGACGAAUGGCACUUUAGCAGUUUGCCAAUAAGAGAUGACCUGGUCGAAGGUCAUCAUUUUGGGCGGAGACUCGAUCACGGUCACCCAGAGAUAACCAGUUCAGACAUUGAUAUAUUAAGCCAGGAAAUGCUGAGAAUAAACGGAGCCAUACGGAUAACAUGAAUAAGUCGAGGAUCCCUGUACCACUGCGCUGUGGUGUUUCGUAUAUACAGUAAUCUCCCUUUAACUUCCGGUUGGAUAGAGCUGUAGCCGAUUUGGAUCAUGGCACUUCUGUUAACUAGGGAGCUCGGUCAGUUAGAGUACAGUAAAACUAUUUGAAAUACAAGGUUCGAAUCUCGGUCAAGCCCCGCUGAUGUUUUACACUCAGAAUACUUGAUUGUAUUUUAUUAAUUUUAUCAUUAUUAUUUCUUAUAAAAACCGUAGGGAUUUCAGAAAUAAAUUAACACAGCUAUAGCCAUGUCUGACCAAGCAGGUACCAAUGCGUCCAAAUGAAGUUACAGUGUUUGACAGUUCAUCAAAAAGAGGGAGGAGGUGGAGGAUAAAAACAAAAUAUUAUUGUGUUUUUUUCUUUGGCUAGGACAGGAUCAAUGUUUCAUCUAGGUUGAUCUGCCAACAUAUUAACACGUUAAGCCAUGGAAUGGCAUAUUUAAAUAUUGAACUGCUUUAUUUUGUUUUGCAUUAUGUUAAGCAAAACAAUUUUAACUAAAAUAUUGUAUAGUUGUUGAUUUUAACGAUUUCCCGUCUGCGAGGAUUAAUUAUUAUGCAACAUGGCCACGUAGAAUUAUCCAGCUCACGAAAGUACUUUCGUGUGAUUUAUUUCACAAUUUUUUUUUUAUGAAAAUGAGUAAAAUACUGUACUUCUUGUGUCUGAAUAUUGAAAAUACAUAUGUUCACAUGAAAGUAUGAUUCAUAGUAUUAAUAUUCGCUGGAUAUUCUUUUUCGCUAACUUUUGCGACCGCGAUAAAAGCGAAACUAAACCCCCCGCGAAUACAUAUUAUGUAAUACCAACCAUGCAGUGUUGCACGACAUGUACAUUUGUAUUAUAUGUGAUUGUAGUGGUAAUGUUACUUAUAUGGACGGACGAGCAGUUGAACAUCUUUAAUACCUACGGGGUCGCCAGCGCUAUCUAUUUUAAUCUCGUUAAGCACAGUCCAACGUCUUCACCAAACUAAGCUAUAACAAACAUGUAUAUAUUUUUUUGACUUUUUUGUUAACCAUGGUCUAAGACUUGUGUAUUAUUCCAUCGUGAAUUGGUAGGAAAUCAAGAUAAUAUAUUAUGCAAUGCAAGAAAGCACUCCUACCUUGUAGAGCAUACUCGGAUACUUAUAUUUGUCCUGAUGUUCAAGAGCUAGCGUACUUAGGGCCCGUAUUGUUUAAACCGUCCAAGUAUGGAUUCUGUGCUCUAACCAACUUUUUUUUGUUACUCGUUUAAAUGAUAAGACACAUUCAAAAAGGCAUGUGUUAUCUUUGAAAAUGGUUUUUGGCUUUAAGUAUUUCCAAAAAUAUCCUUCCAUUUCAUAAAUAAAGUUAUUUGUUAUUUGAUUUACACCGGAACAAGAAAUUUGGCUUGAGCACAGAAUUGGAGUCUAUGUUUAUGUAAUAUUGAAAGGCAUCAGACAUGGGCAAUAUAUUAUCGUUGGACGUAUCAAACUGCACGAGUGAAGUGUACACAUAGAUAGAUUUGCGAGAGUUUCCGCCCAGUUUCCGCCCAGGCCGGGUCAUCCUAUGUCCUUAAAAAUGAUAGUUGUUAUUUCCUGCUAAACAUUCAUCAUAUAAGGUAAUUACAACAUCUGGUUGUCGAGUUAUCACAUUGACCGGAGGGAAUACUGUGUUGGGUGCUUUUGGCAUUGGAUUUCAGUGAGGUAGCACUCUAAAGUCGGCAUCAGCUCUGCGCUAUCGCAAGGAGGCAAAUACACCAACAUACCCUGCUUCCAGCACAAAUACACACAUGGACACACACAUUACACAUAUGGAGACACGUAUUUGAAUAAACUUACCUGUUGAUAGCAUGUUAAACAAAAUCAAACGAACAGAGUGAACUGUAUCAAUUAUCACAAUAAAUUAUAUUUGUUGGAAAAUACUUCUCAUCAUAACUCCGUUUUAAUCUAAACUUUUCUUUUCGAAAACAUGGACCUAACAACAAUUAAUGGCGGACAAAACGUCGUUAAUGACCUGAAAACAUGGUCUGGUAUUGUUUGGCCUGAAAACUGGCUGUAUCAAUAUAGUAAUAUUUCCUAUAUAGGUUACAAUAUCAUUAACGUCUACAUCAUGUUCAGCGUCCAAAUACAUGAACAUAAUCUAUUACUUCAAGGGACUUCCAGGACAUGUCCACCGACUCUUCGAUCUAUAUAUGACAUCUGUAGACGGACAAAACGCGGACACGUACACUAUUUCUAUCAUAUGUGGUAAAGGUUACAGGUCAUAACCAUUUAAAUGCAGUGACUGUUCUGAAAAAUAACAGAAAGUCAGAAAAUAAAAUUGAAUUGAAAUAUAGACACGACAAAAACUAAACCGAAAAAUACAACAGUACGCGUAAUGUGAAGGUCGGUGACUGUUUUUGAGCCCCACUUAAAUGUAAGUUGAUUGGUUGAAACUCGGUCAAACGGUUAUCAUUUAUCAUCCUCUUUACAUUGUCAUUAUACUACGCUGAGUUCCAGUCAGAAGUUUCGUUUAUACCCUGUAUACAUUGUCCAUAGACUCAGUAAUGUUCUAUUCAACACUGAAGAUCUAGAUUAUAUAGCCUGUCAUGUAUCGAGUGUCAUUACAUGUUAUGAACUGCUGACGAAAUUGUUAGUUAACUAACACCUCAAUCUGAGAUUAUUACACAAUACUGACACUACAGACAGAACUGAGUGUUGUUUACGGUAUGUUUACGUGUAUCUACUAGAGCAGCCUGAUGACCCGUAAGGUAUGUCAGAGCUAUCAGCGUACAGUGAGGGAUAACAUUUCCACGGUAAGUUAGUACAGUGAAACCUGCUUUUAUAAGCAUCUCAAUUUAGGACUUCUUGUAUUAGCCAUUUUUUGUGUAAUUGUCUAAAAACAAAAUUUUGUAUCCUGCUUUUCACCAAAGUUGUCAUAUCCGACCAAAGUUUGUUCCAUCUCCCUUGAUGUUGGUAAAGUCAGCUUUGACUUAAAUUUUCAAAUUAUGAACAUCCUUGCGUCUGGAUCAUAUGUAGCAUACAAAUCAUUGUUUUUCCCUUUCAGUCGACCUAUCAGUCAAGCCGUGCUCAUUAAAAGUUUGUAGCGACAUUUGUAUUAGUUUUAAGUGUUAUUCACAAAGGUAUAACAAACACACCAGACUUACUUUUAUAGAGGGGCGUGUGGGAUCCACAAGAUUACAUAGAAGGUUGUAUCGCAAUAAGUUUUGUUUCUCCCCUCAAUGAGAAGCAAAUCAUCGCUGAGAUAGUAUAUCCGUUUAACAAGUACCUUACUUUUGACUUUUGAAUGAAGAGCUUAAAUGUUUAGCCCUUGUUGACAUGUAUACAAGGUUUGUAUUGACCCUUCUACAACUUGUGUACUCACCCAGAUCGAACGAUAACGUUUAACUUCAUUAUGCUGUGCUUUGCAUGCUACACAGAC